AUGGCUAGCUCCAAGGAAUUUUCUAGUGAAGUUCUGGAGAACCCUGAAUUGUACGGGCUCAGACGUUCACAUAGAUCUGCUCAUACCCAACAAACAUACUACACUGAUGACUCUGAAGAGGAUGAAGAUACUAUAGUGAGCACUAGAAGGAGAAGAAGAGCUCAAGGAGAAGAUUCUGAGGAUGCCGAUGUUGAUGAUGUUGAUGAAGAUGAAGAGGACAACGACGACGAAGCAGAUUUUACCGCCGAUGAAGGUGAUAGUGAUUUCCAAGGGUCUCCCGUCAAGACUAAAGUGGUUAGGAAGAAGAAACGCACUGUGGUACCAGCGAAGAAGGUCAUGGAGAAGGAAUUGAUACCCACUCGUUUCUCUUCACGUAAUAGUAAGAGUAUCAAUUACAAUGUAGAUUAUUCUGAUGAUGACCUCUUGGAAUCACAGGAUGAGGAAGGUGUCGAGGGCAUGAACUCUAGUAUUGAGGAUGGAGAGGGAUAUGAAUACGAAUACUCUGCCACACCCCAACCAGAGGUAGAUCAUGGUAUUGAUUUCGUAGUGACGCAUAAAUUGAAGGAGGGGGCAGAUGAAGCAGUACUGAAGACUGUUCCAUCGUUGAGCGACUGCAAGGUGAAUUUUCAGUUCUUAAUCAAAUGGAGUGACGAGUCUCACUUACACAAUACUUGGGAGAGUUAUGAAUCAUUAGGGCAAGUAAGAGGUAUCAAGAGACUCGAUAACUACUGUAAGCAAUUUAUCAUAGAGGAUUUGCAAAUUAGGCUUGAUCCCUAUGUCACGGCAGAAGUAUUUAGAAGUUAUGGAUAUGGACCGCGAGAGGAGGCUCGAUGUAGUUUAAAUAAUUUGAACAACCAGAGAAGAAUCAUAGAUAGUGUACGCGUGACGCAGGAGGAUGGCACUUCACAAUUACAAUACCUGGUNAAAUGGCGUAGGCUUAACUACGAUGAGGCUACGUGGGAGAAAGCUACAGAAAUUGCUGAGCUUGCUCCUGAGCAAGUAAAACACUUUCAAGGUAGAGCCAACUCCAAGAUCCUACCGCAAUAUUCUAGCAAUUAUACUUCACAAAGGCCUCGUUUUGAGAAAUUAAGUACGCAGCCACCAUUUAUCAAGGGCGGAGAGUUAAGAGAUUUCCAAUUGACUGGUAUCAAUUGGAUGGCAUUCUUGUGGUCGAAGAAUGAUAACGGGAUUUUAGCUGAUGAAAUGGGGUUGGGUAAGACUGUGCAAACAGUGGCAUUCAUCAGUUGGCUGGUCUUUGCUCGCCGACAGAACGGUCCUCAUCUAAUUGUCGUGCCAUUAUCGACCAUGCCGGCGUGGCAGGAGACUUUCGAAAGGUGGGCUCCCGAUCUCGAUUGUAUUUGCUAUAUGGGUAAUCAAAAAUCAAGAGAGACUAUAAGGGACUUCGAAUUCUACACGAAUCCUCAAUCCAAGGGCAAGAAGAACAUCAAGUUUAAUGUCUUGAUGACCACUUACGAAUAUAUUCUAAAGGAUCGCAGCGAGUUGGGUAGCAUCAAGUGGCAAUUUUUAGCGGUCGAUGAAGCUCACAGGUUGAAAAAUGCCGAAUCAUCUCUUUACGAAUCAUUAAACAGCCUCAAAGUCUCAAACAGAAUGCUGAUCACCGGUACGCCGUUGCAAAACAAUAUUAAAGAACUAGCUGCUCUAAUCGAUUUCUUAAUGCCUGGCAGGUUCACAAUAGAUCAAGAAAUCGAUUUCGAAAAUCAAGACAACGCACAGGAAGAAUACAUCCGCGAUUUACAUGAGAGAUUACAGCCAUUCAUUCUACGGCGUCUCAAGAAAGAUGUGGAAAAAUCGCUCCCAGGAAAGACUGAAAGAAUCUUACGUGUCGAACUUUCAGACGUCCAAACGGAAUACUACAAAAACAUACUUACGAAGAAUUAUAGCGCUUUGUCUGCCGGUGCCAAAGGUGGACACUUUUCGCUUCUAAACGUUAUGAGUGAACUGAAGAAGGCCUCCAACCAUCCCUACCUUUUCGAUAAUGCGGAAGAAAGAGUACUAGAAAAAUUCGGUGAUGGUAGUAGAUCUCGUGGUAACAUCCUAAGAGGUUUGAUUAUGUCUUCCGGUAAAAUGGUCCUGCUCGAUCAGCUGCUGACCCGUUUGAAAAAAGAUGGCCAUCGGGUGCUUAUCUUCUCGCAAAUGGUACGAAUUUUAGAUAUCCUGGGAGAUUACCUACAGAUAAAGGGCAUUAACUUUCAGCGGUUGGAUGGUACUGUACCGUCAGCCCAAAGAAGGAUUUCUAUCGAACAUUUCAAUGCACCCGAUUCUAAUGAUUUCGUAUUUUUGUUAUCGACCAGAGCUGGUGGCCUUGGUAUCAAUCUGAUGACCGCAGAUACAGUUAUCAUUUUUGACUCCGAUUGGAAUCCUCAAGCAGAUCUUCAGGCUAUGGCUAGAGCUCACCGUAUCGGUCAGAAAAACCAUGUGAUGGUUUAUCGACUUGUCUCUAAAGAUACAGUUGAAGAAGAGGUUUUAGAGAGAGCGCGUAAGAAGAUGAUUUUGGAAUAUGCGAUCAUUUCCUUGGGUGUCACGGACGGAAAGAAAUACUCAAAGAAGAAUGAGCCUUCGUCUGGGGAACUAUCUGAGAUCUUAAAGUUCGGUGCCGGGAAUAUGUUUGCUGCUCGCGACAACCAGAAGAAGCUAGAAGAUUUGAACUUGGAUGAUGUGUUGAAUCACGCUGAGGAUCACGUUACCACUCCUGAACUUGGAGAAUCUCAUCUCGGUGGUGAAGAAUUCUUGAAGCAAUUUGAAGUGACUGAUUACAAAGCCGACGUGGAUUGGGAUGAUAUUAUUCCAGAAGAAGAGUUGAGGAAGUUGCACGACGAAGAUCAGAAGAGGAAAGAUGAAGAGUACGUCCAGGAGCAGUUGCAACUGAUGAACAGAAGAAGCAAUGCUUUGAAGAAGAUUAAGGACACUGUGAAUGGUGACGCGGGGACUCAGUACUCAGAUGAUGACGAUGAUACUAAAUCUUCUCGAAAGAGGGCCAAGGCAAACAACCUGGAUGUGAUAGACGAAAGAGAAAUACGUGCCUUAUACAAGGCCAUCUUGAAAUACGGUGUCUUGACCGAUCAGUUUGAAGCAAUGAUAGCUGAUGGUUCUUUGCCACUCAAAUCCAUUGAGAGAUACGAGGAAGUUUAUGCUGAUUUGAUAGCCAGUGCCAAGGAGUAUUUACAGAAAGAAGAAACCAAACGUAACCAUAUUUUAGAGUCUUUGGAGAGCGAUGCACAGGCGUACAGAGCUAAAUUGAAGAAUGGUGAAAUCAAAGCAGAUGCUCAACCAAAGGAUAACCCACUAACAAAACUGGCCGCGAAGAGAAAAGAGAAGAGAGCAGUGCUUUUCGAAUUUGAAAUUGUCAAGAAUUUGAACGCCGAAUCCUUAUUAAAUAGGAUCGAGGAUCUAAAACUUCUUAAGACUUUUAUCGAUAAAAAUUACAAGGAUGAACCAUCGAAUUUCAAAUUCCACCAGACGUUGAAACCCGUGCAAAACUGGAAUUGUGAAUGGACAAAGGAUAACGACGAUAAAUUAAUGGUAGGUGUUUACAAGUACGGGUAUGGAUCGUGGGCUCAGAUACGAGAUGAUCCGUUCCUGGGUCUCACAAACAAGAUUUUCCUUAACGAGGCCCAACUCGCUGCCAAGGGCGGCAAGAAGGAUGAACCAAGUGACAGGACGAACGUACCGGAGAAACGUGGUAAAGGCAUCACUGGCUCAUCAAAGAAAGUACCAGGUGCAAUUCACCUUGGUAGAAGAGUCGACUACUUAAUAUCCGUACUGCGAGACGAAUCAAACGGCAUAGUAACCGCUACGGCUACUCCAAGCGGUGCCAACACCCCAACGUUGGAAUCUGCUACCGACAGACUACCAUCUGGUCCCGCGAAGAAGAAACAGAGAAAGAAUCCAAUUAGUAAAGCUGGUUCGCCUGACACAACGAAAUCUGAAUCCAGUUCAAGCUCUGCGUCUCGCAGAUUAAAGGCUCUCCCCAAGGGCCCUGCUGCCAUGACAAACCACAAACCAGUCCCAGCUAUUGACAGGCACGAGAAAGAAUACGAAAGUAUGGACGAAGAAGAGUGCAUGAACACCAUGGGAGACAUGCGUACCUCGCUCAAAAGACUCAGACGUGGAGGAAAGGGCCUAGACCGCAAAGAGUGGGCCAAAGUUCUUAAGACAGAGCUCACCACGAUUGGUGACCACAUCGAGAAGCAAAAAAAUACUUCUAGAAAGACUGAACCUUCAAAGUUCCGCCAACAUCUAUGGUCCUACACGGCCAAUUUCUGGCCCGCCCAGGUUAAGAGUACCAAGCUACUGGCGAUGUACAACAAAAUAACAGGCUCUGACAGCACUUAA